GAUACUGAUUCUCUUACAAGCAUUCUGUUCUGAAGAUGUGGCGAUGUGCGCCUACAGUUUCCAAGCCGCAUCGAGUAGAAGAAGACUUCAUCAACUGACAGCCGCGCACAGUAUUCAUAUACCAUGCCAGGAAGAGCAGGUGGACUCGGUGGGUUUGCUCAGAUAACGGACUGUUUGUACAUCGGCAACAGCAAAACAGCAAGCGACUCUUCGGUCAUUCGUUCACUCAACAUUACAUGUGUCAUUAACACAACUCCGGACGUAAGCAACACAAACAUUCCCACUGUGGAUUACAUGCACGUGCCUGUCUCUGAUGAUCCCGAAUCCAGACUCUGUGACUAUUUUGACACCGUUGCUGAUAAGAUACAGCAUGUCAGUGAUGAAGACGGACGCGUGCUGCUUCACUGUAACGCAGGCGUCAGUCGCUCGGCGACGCUGUGUCUGGCGUAUCUGAUGAAGCACCGCCGUCUGACGCUAGCGGAGGCGCACGCGCUGCUCAAAUCACUCAGACCCAUAGUGAGACCCAACAGCGGCUUCUGGAGGCAGCUGAUCGAGUACGAGCGCAAAUUACAUGGCAAAAAUACAGUCAGUAUGAUAAACUCGCCUGUCGGACACAUUCCAGAUCUGUAUGAGAGAGAAACAAGAGGCUUGAUUCCACUUUAGGAAAUGGGUUACCAACCGUGUUAUCUUUGUGCUUCCUGUCAUUUCAUUCAUAUUUGAAUGAUUUUGAACAUUUUUGUAGUGGAUUUAUGUAUUGUA